AUGGAGACAGUGAAAAUAAAUGUGGGGGGCUCGGUGUUUGAAACUUUUGCUGUAUCUCUCUCUAGAUACCCGGAGACAUUACUGGGAAGACUUUCACAAAAAUCGAAGUUCUACGACAGCACAAGAGAAUGCUAUUUCUUCGACAGAAAUCCUGAUACAUUCCUGUCGGUUUUGGAUCUGUAUCGUACGGGCAUUUUACACUUUCCUUCGGUCUACUGCAGCACUGUAAUCAAACAAGAACUGGAUUUCUGGGAACUCUCUCCCAAAAUGUUAUCAGAUUGUUGUCUACAGAAAUAUAUCCAAUCCGAGGCCGAUAUCCAGACGACACAGAUGUUGAAGAAGACGUUUGAGGAAUAUGUACUGGACUAUACUGAAGAAGAAUGUCGUACAAGUCAAGUGAAGAGGAUUCUCCGGAAGAUAUGGCUGACAUUGGAGGAACCUUCAUCAUCCAGAUUAGCUAAGGCUUUUAACUACGUUUUCCUGGUCCUUGUUCUUGUUUCCACGGUAACGUUUGUGUUAGGUUCACACCCGUCAUUCAGGGAACAGAAGCUUACAUAUGAUAGACUCCUUUACCUGACUACAAACGGAAGCAUUCGCUUUUUCAAAGAACUCAACUUGAAGAACCCCAAAGAAGUUAUGCUUGGAACAUCACUUCCUAACGAAGCAUUGAGACAUUGCGAAAUGCUUACGUCCAUUUUCUUCACCUUUGAACUAAUCUUUCAUUUUGUAUCUUGUCCAAGAAGAAUCAAGUUUUUUCGAUCACCGUUAAACGUCAUUGAUCUUCUCUUGGUGGUUGCCAUGUGGUUGACGUCUGCUCUCGAACAAGAUCUGGGAUAUCUGGUGAGGCAUUAUGAAGCAUUGCAAUUCUAUUUAGUGAUCAGGUCUUUAAUCAUUUUGCGGCUAUUUCGGGUGUUUAGAUUGAUGAAGCUGUUCUCCAGUUUACGAAUAAUGAUGAUGUCGAUUCGAGCGAGCAUUAGAGACCUUCUUCUUCUCUCCUUGACGUUCCUUGUCACUUCAUUAUUCUUUGCAAGUUUCAUCUACUAUGCUGAAUUUCGUGUGGCAGACACCUUUGAGGAUAUUUUCAUAGGAAUAUGGUGGUCUGUGAUCACAAUGACCACCGUGGGAUAUGGAGACAUAGUUCCAAAGUCUACGUUUGGUUACGUUGUUGGAGGAGUUUGUGCAUUCUCUGGAAUGCUGAUUUUGGCCAUGCCUGUAGCUAUCCUAGCAACAAACUUCAGCGACCUCUACCAUAAAAACAAACUGCUACAGAUGAAGAAGUUACUUCUAAAUCAAAAAGACAAAACUAUUCACAAAGUAUAUUCGGGUGUACAUCCAAUUCAAUACAAUGAAAAUCACUCAGUUAUCAAAACAUGUAACUGGUGAUGAAGUUAUGCAGUAAUUUGUAUAUCUAUAAUUUGUAUAUUAAGCAAUAAAAAAGACUAA